GGAGGAUGGCGCCUGAUGACGCGCUGCGGUACGCCAAGAAGGAGAUAAUGGCCGCCGAGCCGGUCGUCGACGACCCCGACCUGCACGCGCCUCUCUUCAAGAACGUCUCCCAAUUCAAGAGGAGCUACGAACUGAUGGAACGGAUACUCAAAGUUUACAUUUACCAGGACGGCCGGCGGCCCAUCUUCCACACCCCUCCCCUCAGCGGCAUCUACGCGUCCGAGGGCUGGUUCAUGAAGCUCCUCAAGGAGAGCCGCCGCUUCGUCGUCGCCGACGCCGCCAGGGCGCACCUCUUCUACCUGCCCUACAGCUCGCAGCACCUCAGGCUCUCGCUCUACGUACCAGAAUCGCAUAACCUGCGGCCCCUGUCCGUCUACCUGAGAAACUUCGUCAAGGGCCUCGCCGCCAAGUACCCGUUCUGGAACCGCACUAGAGGCGCCGAUCAUUUCCUCGUCGCCUGCCACGACUGGGGACCUUACACGACCACGGCGCACCGCGACCUACGCAAGAACAGCAUCAAGGCGCUCUGCAACGCCGACAGCUCGGAGGGGAUCUUCGUCCCCGGGAAGGACGUGUCUCUCCCGGAGACAACCAUCAGGACGCCGAAGCGGCCCCUCCGAUACGUCGGCGGGCUCCCGGUGUCCCGGCGGCGCAUCCUCGCCUUCUUCGCCGGCAACGUGCACGGCAGGGUGAGACCGAUCCUCCUCCAGCACUGGGGCGACGGGCACGACGACGACAUGAGGGUGUACGCGCUGCUCCCCGGCAGGGUGUCCAGGAGGAUGAACUACAUCCAGCACAUGAAGAACAGCAGAUUCUGCCUCUGCCCCAUGGGGUACGAGGUGAACAGCCCCAGGAUCGUGGAGGCCCUCUACUACGAGUGCGUGCCGGUGAUCAUCGCAGACAACUUCGUGCUCCCCUUCAGCGACGUGCUGGACUGGACCGCCUUCUCGGUGGUGAUCGCCGAGAAGGACAUACCCGACCUGAAGAAGAUACUCCAGGGGAUCUCGCUCCGGAGGUACGUGGCCAUGCACAACUGCGUCAAGAGGCUGCAGAGGCACUUCUUGUGGCACGAAAGGCCCAUCAGGUAUGAUCUCUUCCACAUGAUCCUGCACUCCAUUUGGCUCAGCAGAGUGAACCAUGUGGAGCUUCACGAGUGAAAGAUCAUGUCCAUGUACUUGUAUGGCAGUCGACUUGUGCAUUUGUACAUGUAAGAUUGGUCGGAAAAGAAAAUUGUACAUGUAAGUUGUAUAUAUACUAAA